AUGCUUGUGCACACGCUAGCGAUUGCCACCUUCGAACUACUCCACGUCGACGAAUUUGGCGCACCGGCGCCCGCGCGCUUUUUUGCUUUUCCGGCCAUGUCCGCCGCGGCAGCUAUCGCGGCACCGCCGCGCCACAGCCGGCCGUCGCCUCUCAACCCAAACGCAACGGCGAUGGCCAUCACCACCAAGCCUAACGCCGUCUGUACAAAGACGCACCUCGCCAACCUCGACCGCCUCCUCCUCCGCCCGCCGCCGCUCCCGCUCCCAGUCCGGCCUAAGAAGGCGCUCGCCGACGAGCCCGGCGGGGGCGACAGGGAGGAGACCACCACCGACUCCGACGAACGCAAAGGCCGCCGGGGCGGUCUCCUCAACGCGCUGAACCUGUCCACGUUCCUGCCGUUCACAGGGAGGCCCGCCACGGACGAGAUGUCCCCGCGUAGCCUGGCACAAAUGCAGCGGCUCCUCACGCUCUCGCCGCGGCCCUCGCCCAGGGGCUCCAUCGCCGCCGAAUGGCGACGUUACCACGGUGAGGGCGCGUGGAAGGGCCUGGUCGACCCGCUCGACCAGAACCUCCGCCGCGAGGUUUUGCGAUACGGCGACUUCGUGCAGGCCGCCUACACGGCGUUCCACUCCAUGCCGUCGUCGCCGUCGCACGGCCGCGGCCAGCAUCGCGCGCUCGUGCUACCGGACCGGUCGUACCGGCCGACGCGCAGCCUGUUUGCCACGUCUUCCUUGACAAUCCCGCCGUGGGUGCAGCGGCGGUCAGCGCCCAAGUGGCUGACACAGCGUACCAGCUUCGCCGGCUACGUCGCCGUCUGCGACAACGAGCGCGAGGUUCGGCGCAUGGGCCGUCGCGACAUCGUCAUUGUGCUGCGCGGCACCGCCACGUGCCCUGAGUGGGCAGAGAACCUCCGCACCGGCCUCGUGCCAGUGUCGGACGACGAUGACGGCGACGACGCCACGGCGGCGCAGAACGUGCCCAAGGUGGCGAAGGGGUUCCUCAGCCUGUACAAGACGGCCGGCGACCACGUGCCCAGCCUGUCGGACGCCAUUGUGGAGGAGGUGAGGCGGCUGAUCGAGGUGUACAAGGGCGAGGAGCUCAGCAUCACGGUGGUUGGCCACAGCCUCGGCGCAUCUUUGGCCCUCCUCGCCGCCGACGAGCUAAGCGCGUGCCUGGCCGCUGAUGCGGCGAGUAACAGCACCGCUGCAGAUGAUCAUCAGCCGCCGCCCGUCUCCGUGGUUUCCUUCGGCGGCCCGAAGACAGGCAACCGCGCGUUCGCGGACCGGCUACAGCACGAGCGGGGCGUGAACGUGCUGCGCGUGGUGAACGCCGGCGACGUGGUGACGCGCGUCCCCGGGCUCGUGAAACCGACGACGAUGGCCGAAGGAUACGUGCACGCGGGUGGCGCGGAGCUGACACUGGACAGCCGCGACUCGCCGUGCUUGCGCCCGGACGCCGGCCCGGCCUGCUGCCACGACCUGGAGGCCUACCUGCACCUGCUGGACGGGUUCAUGGGCUCCGGCCGGCCGUUCCGCGCCGACGCGAGUCGCAGCGUGGCGGGGCUACUGGUUUACCAGCGGACCAGCGUGAAGCGUGCCUACGUGGAGCGCGCGAGGGUGCUCGGGUUCGAGCCGGCGGCCAUGCCAAGGGCCGCCACGGCCAACGGCGCUGGCACUGCUGAUGGACAGUACGGCUUCCUGGCCAGUCCCUCGUGA